AUGCCUAAACGUGCAGCACCAAAACCAAAAGCCGCCGCCGCCUCAGCUGAAGUCGAAGUCAAACGUGAAACACCAAAACGCAAAGCUGCCGAUGCAGCCGGGCACGAAAUGAAACGUGCUAAGGGCGAAACAAAUGUUUUCGAUUUGAAAUGGCAUGAACAUGGCGAACCGUUAGGCAAAGGUUUCGUUCCAUUGGUCUACCUCUAUGGUGACACCCUAGCAGGUAGUUCGAAAAUCGCUGCAUUCGAUAUGGAUUCCACAUUGAUUAAUGUCAAAUCUGGAGCGAAGUUCGCGCGAAAUCAUGAGGAUUGGGUUUGGUGGCAUGAAACCGUUCCGAAAAAACUCGCUGAGUUGCAUUCGAACGGAUACCGUCUGAUUAUUUUUACAAAUCAAGCUGGUAUUGAAAAACUGCACACGAAAUUAGACGAUAUCAAACGUAAAUGCGAAAAACUAAUCGAAGAAGUCAAUGCGCCAAUCUAUGUUUUUAUUGCAACCGGUGAAAAUCAUUUUCGAAAACCGGCGACAGCUAUGUUUGACUUCUUCGUGGAAAACUGUAAUCAAAAUGUUGAGAUUGAUAAGAAGAAUAGUUUCUACUGUGGCGAUGCUGCUGGACGUGUGAACAAUUGGGCACCGGGCAAGAAGAAAGAUUUCUCAUGUGCCGAUCGGAAAUUCGCAAAUAACAUUGGACUGUCUUUCAAAACACCUGAAGAAUGCUUUCUUGAUGAAGCACCGACGACUAAAUUUGAAUGGGGCUCGAUUAAUCCACGAGAAUUUAUCACUAAAUUAGGCAAAGGCAAUGCGACACAAACUUAUCACAAAAAUAGUCAAGAACUUGUUAUUCUGCAAGGGCCACCGGCAUCAGGGAAAAGCACCUUUGCUCGCCGAUAUUUUCAACCUCAUAACUAUGCCAUUGUCAAUCGCGACACACUUCAAACGGCAGCGAAAUGUUUAAAAGCAGCAAAAGAAGCUUUAGACAGUGGCAAAAGUGUUGUUAUUGAUAAUACCAAUCCCGGGGCAGAUACUCGAGCGGACUACAUUGUCUUAGCCAAGGAACGUAAAAUCCCCUGCCGUUGUUUUGUUCUCAAUACGCCAAUAGAAUUAUGCGGCCAUUUGAAUUAUGUCCGUGUUCAACAAACAGUCGGCGAAGUUCGACGAAUUCCAGAUGUCGGAUACAACAUGUAUAAAAAGAAUUAUCAAGCACCGAACACCAGUGAAGGCUUCAGUGAAGUUACGUUCAUUGAUUUUGUACCAAAAUUCGAUUCGGAUGCUGAUGAGAAAAUUUUUCAUUAUUAUACAGAAUCAUAA